CUCGGCGACCAUCGUGUUCGACACGUCGACCACUGUACUUGUCACGACUGCGAUCUUGGCAAUGACGGUCGUGUUCGACACGACAGCGUCAGGACUCGAAAACCAUCGUGCUCGACACGACGACGACGUCAGAACUCGACCGACCGUCGUGUUCUACACGACGACCACCAUACUCGUGAGGACGGCGAUCGUGUCGGACACGACGGCGAUUGUGUUGAUGACGACCGUGUCGGACACGACGACCACCCGGACCCGACGACCAUCGUGUCGGACACUACGACGAUCGUCGACGAUCGUGUCGGACACGACGACGACCGUGCUCGAUACGAUGGAGGUCGUGUUCGACACGACGACGGCUAUGUUCGACACAAUGUCGGUCGUGUUCGACACGACGACGACCGUGCACGACACAACGAAGAUCGUGUUCAACGAGCCGGACACGACGACGAGCGUGUUCGACACGACGACGGUCGUGUUCGACACGAUGGCGAUCGUGUUCGACCUGACGACGAUCGUGUUCGACACGGCGACGAUCGUGUUCGACACGAUAAGGAUCCUGUUCGACACGACGACCAUCGUGCUCGACACGACGACGACCGUGUCGGACACAACGACGCUCGUGUCGGACACGACGACCAGCGUGUCGGAUACGAUGACGAUCGUGUUCAACACGACGACCAUCGUGUUUGACAUGACGGCGACCGUGUCGACCAUCGUGUUCGACACGAUGACCAUCGUGUUCGACAUGACGACGACUGAGGUGGAAGUGUUCGAGAAAACUUAUUGACGUCACCAAUAAACCAGCACUGGACAC